AUGGCAGCUUCGUCGGGCCCUGGAGACGAGGGCAUCUUUGAGCAGCUGCAGAAGGGACAAGAUGCGAAUUAUCUAGAGGAGAGGGCCAAGGCUCUCCAAGCAGAGGAGGUCGCGAGAUAUGAGAGAUCUCAAAGACGCAUCGAAGCCUUGGUCCUGGGAGCGCAAAACACGCGACAAAGCUUUCUCAAACGGGUUUUCGAUCCUGCUCUUAACUUCAGCAAAGAACAGCCUCACACACUACUCGACGCGGUUCGUGAAGUCUCUAAUUAUAUCUAUCAACAGCCUAUAAGUCUUUCAAUUAAUCGUCCAGAUCCAGCCAAUGCCUCUGCAACCCCCACGGACGUUGACUUUGUUGUUUCCGUCCGCGAAAAGUCACGCUUAUUGCUCAAAACAGGCACAGACGUUGGCAAUGCUGAAGGCUCAGCUUAUGUCAACUCCUGGCUUACGAGGGGGUUUGGCGGCAUAAUCUCUUCUACACAGAAGCCAUGGGCGAGUCACGAAGAGGUUCUUCGAGGUGGAUGGGCAAAAUUGAGGUGGCUACUAGAUGGUGGAUCGCAACACGAGUUGACCUACAACGCUUUCUGGAGGCAAGUCACGGGACUGGCACAAGAAGCUUCUCCCACGGUCAGGGCUGAAGCAGGCGACACUGUCAAGAGUAGCAUCUCGCACGCAUGGCUCAAAGAUAGAAGAGACAAUCCACUUCUGCCAACGAGCGGCUACUACUAUAAGACGCUUUUGGAAUUAGCUGGCCGGGGUCCUUUGAAAGGGGAUGUUGCGUUUGGCAAGGCCGAAGUAGAGUCGCAAUUUGCUGUUCCGAUCCCAUUGCCAGGUGUUCCAGGUGAGAGUGGAAUUUCCUUCUCGACUGGAAUGAGAGCUGGUUUCCUUGCACCAUUACCUUCAAGCCAUAAUCAUCAGACAAUGCCUUCGCGUAUUAAUGAUCGAUUCCUGCUCGGCGGUCCCACCGAUGUCCGAGGAUUUAGGCUCUCAGGCUUGGGACCACAUGAUGGCAAAGAUGCGGUAGGCGGCGAUCUAUAUGCCGCUGGAAGCGCAAAUCUAUUCUUUCCCAUACCUCGAAUAGGAAUGGACAAGCCUUUCCGCUUUCAAAUGUUCAUGACAGGUGGCCGACUACUUGCCUUGAAAGCUUCCGAAAAAGAAGGUCAGGAUCGAGGUGUCCAACAGAGACUGGCCUCGGCGGUAGCAGAAAUAGGGAACGGGCUACCUAGUGUAUCAGCUGGUUUCGGGCUAGUAUAUGCUGCGCCAAUGGCACGACUGGAGCUGAACUUCUCGCUACCUUUGGUAUUAAGGAAGGGGGAGGAAGGGAGGAAAGGCUUGAGCUUCGGAGUUGGUAUAAACCUCCUUUGA